AUGCGGCUCCAUCAUCUCAUUGUCUCCCCUUUGUGCCUAUCGCUACUCGCUCAAGCUCAUGAUGUCUCUAUUCCCGACCGUCCACGACUGUUCGCCAGACAGGCCAAACCUCCCUGCAACGAUCCCGAUUCAAGCGGAGAUCACAACCAAGUCAGGACUACGUUCAACCUUGCAGGAGCCGGGAAUGUCAUCCUCGACACGUUGAGCCUUCUUGAUGGAAGGCCCAACUUUCCCAACGAGCUCGUGGCAGGCCAUCGACUCUUCGCCUUCGACUUCGAUUGCUCGAACCUCGACGACGGUUCAAAAUGCGUGGCGCCGACUGGUCCUGAAGGAAACAUCUGCAGUGCUCUGACUUCGAGCAAUACAGACGCUGUCGUCUUGAUCAUAAAGUCCUAUGUCAACAUGUUCAACUUCCUACAACGGUCGAAGAAAGCUGCGCAGACAGCUAGAGACCAAAUCAAGUCCUCCGCCUACCUCGACACUCUGCGCAGCGAUAUCACACCCGGCAAGGAUGUCCUGGCCGCCGUGUUCCUCCAAGUUCUCGAGAUUGGCAUUUCCUUCAUUCCUGUAGGCGGCAUCGAGCUGGUGGCUGUCAAAACGGCUGUGAAAGUCUUCAAGAAGAUCUCCGAGCAAACAAUCAAAUCUGCCGCCAAGGACGUCGACAAAGCCAACAACAAAGACCCGCCCAGCAUCGAGGCUCUUCAAGCGCAGCUGGAUGAAUUGCUGAAAGUCUUCCAGGAUGCCGUGACGGCGCAGCAUAAGCAGAUCUUUGUCGACGCCAACCCCGGAACUGGCACGGACAACCCGCAAUUCGGGUGGCUGGCGGACGGGAUCCAGCUGCCGCUGACGAUCAGCGAGGCGGACUUGACGACGACCAUUGUGGAUAGCAUGAAGAACUUCAUGCUGUCGAGCUAUAUCGCCAGCUUCCAGGGACAGAUUGUCAAGGCUGAACAACUCGACAUCGAACGCCUCGGCAUCAAAUGCGCCGACUCCAAGCACCCAACCGAACUCCUGAUCCACAACUCCGACGAAACCGGCGACACCUGCUUCUCCUUCGGCUACCCCAAAACCACCGAACCCGCCAACAAGAACACGUUCGGCAGCGGGCAGUAUGCUAAGGGUGUGGAUUUUCCGGCGAUCAUCAACAAUGCGAGGAGUUGUAAGGAUAGUGGUGGGGAUAUUACGAAGGUCGAUAUUGGGAAGUUCUUGGAUGAUCCGGAGAGGACGGUGCCGGAGUGUUUGUUUGGGUUUCCGGUGAAGGAUAUUUGA